ACUCCGUCGGGAUGUCUUAAUAAACUAGCCGAUUAUCAAUUGUGUUGUAUAACAAAUUGAUGUCAAACUAAUUCAAUCGAGAUAGUCUUCGAUAAGAAUUAGAAAUUAAUAAUUGCAAAAGCAUUAGAUUAAUAUUUCGGCUAGAUUAUAAUUACAAAUACAGUACAUCGAUCACAGCACAUCGAUCACAGCAAAUCGUAAAAAUUACUUUAGUACUUCUCGCGUGGAGAGACAGUCAGCAACUGUUUAUUGUUGAGACUUGUCUCUGUGUGCAUGACGUUGAGCAUUUGUUUACAAUGCUUUGCGACUCGCGACUCGCGUUCGUUGCGGGCUGGACCGGCGCCGGGCGCCGGCGGACCGCAGUGUUACAGCGGCAGUCGCAAGGGAAACAACAUGGCAACGACGAAGACGUCGAUGGAGGUGGCAGCGACGGCGCCGACGGCAAAAACAAAGACGACGUCGACGGCGGUGGCAGCGACGGCGUCGACAUCGACGACGCCGACGGCGAUGCCAGCGACGGCGUCGACAUCGACGAUGCCGACGGCGAUGCCAGCGACGACAUCGACGACGUUGACGGCGGUGGCAGCGACAGCGUCGACGGCGAAGAUAUCGACAACAUCGCCGGCGAUGCCAGCGACUACGUCGACGGCGUUGGCAGCGACGGCGUCGACGGCGAAGACAUCGACAACAUCGCCGGUGGUGGUAGCGACGACGCCACCGGCGGUGGCAGCGACGGCGUCGACAUCGACGACGCCGACGGCGGUGGUAGUGACGGCGCCGACGGCGAUAGCAGCGACGGCGGAGACAUCGACGAUGACAGGGACGGCUGCGCCCGGUUUAUUCACGUUAAAUCACGGAACACGACCGAAAAAUUGUGGGCAUUGCCUCGAGAAUAUGGGCAUUGGCUAAGUAGUUCAUACACACUUUGUCAGGGGGCGUCUUGUAGCAGAGGAUCACCGGGAUCACCCAAAAGCGGGCCGUGA